AGUUCAGUGUUUUGGCAUAAAAUAAGUGGAUUCACCAACGUCUGAUCCGUACAUGCAAAAGAACCGCCAAAUUUCUCAUCAAAUACCUUGCAAUUUCCUUCAACGCGUUGACGUAGAAAAAAAAAAAAAAAGGAAAAUGGAGAAGGAAAUAAAUUUCUUGAAAAUGUCUCCAUCUCUCGAGUCUCUGCCGUUUACAGCAACGCAAGAAGACUUAGUUUUCUCUUUUUCUCCCUAUUUGCCAAAGAUGGACUUGCACUGGUAAGAUGUAGAUCUCAUUUCCAAUUUUUUUAUGUUGCUGCAAGUUUCUUCUUGAAUGAUAGAGGAGCUUUCUGGAGAACAACUGGAGCUUCUCUUUAUUUUUAUUUUCACUUACUUUUGCUUCAUGGGUUUGUAGAAAAAAUUGAUCUUGCUUCAUGGUUUUUUGAUAGAAUUUAUUUUGCUUCUUUAAUUAGCAAGAUUAUUGGUUUUGCUUUGUGGGAUUUUGAGUUUAGUGGUUUUGCUGGAUGUUUUCCCCCACAUUAAUGGUUUUGCUUCAAUUGGCUAAUUGAAAUUAUUGGUUAUGCUUUGAAGUGUUGAAGUAGUUGGUUUUACUGGUAUAUUGUUGUGUUUUGCAUUACAACUAUAAGAUGGCCAGGGUAUUUAGAAUAGUUAUGCCUUUUGCACAAUCAACUUCUAAAGAAGAAAAUGAUGAUGAUUAUAAUGAAUACUCCUACUCCUACUCAUUUGCUGCUGAAUACUCUGGCCCUCCAAUUAUUCAUGAAAUCCCCCGAGCAGUGCCUGUUGAUAUUAGCCAACUCCCAAUUGCUGACAAAAUUGCCUCCACCUCACUAUCGAAGGAUGUGUUAUUGCCAGUUAUUCAACCUAUUGUAAAGUCUAAUUCAUCAAACAAGAAGCUCUCUAAGGAGCCAAAAUUAGGAACAAAUGGGGUGUUGCACAGAAAUGAUGCGCCAAGUGAAUUAUCCAAAAGGGUAGAUAAAUCAAGUACAUUAGCUCAUGCAAAUGGCAUUGAUUGCGGAUCCAAAUCAUCUAAUGGAAAAUCAACUUCUGGUAGAUUGGAAUUUGCUAAUGGUGGCAAGUGUGAAUCCAAGUUAUCUGAUGAUAUUCAAAGCUCUGGUAAAAUGGAAUUAUGCAGUGGCCAUGAUAAUUCUCAUGAAUUAUGUGGAAACUCACAAAUGGUGGAAUUAUGUGAUCAUAGUAAGGAUGAUAGUAGUGAAUAUUUUCAGGAUUAUAUGAAUCCUGCAAACUGUGAAUCAAUAGAAUCUGAUUUAAGUUCCUGUUCCAUAUCAUCCGAGAUUUUUUCUGGCAAAGAAGAGGAUUGUGUUGAAGAAGAUCCUUGCCAUGUCAGAAGGCCAUCAACUGUAACCUUCCGAAGCCCUGAUUCCAGCGAUGUAUGUGAGGAAGAAUCCAAUGUAUCUGAGGUCGAAAGUAACAUCCCUGCGAGGCAAAUGGCUGUAAAGCCUGGAAAGAAAGGAACAUGUUAUCGAUGCUUGAAAGGAAAUAGGUUUACAGAGAAGGAAAUUUGCAUUGUCUGUGGUGCAAAGUAUUGUUAUAAGUGCGUGUUGAGGGCAAUGGGGUCAAUGCCAGAAGGAAGAAAAUGCGUGACUUGCAUUGGUCAAAAGAUUGAUGAGGCAAGGCGAAAGACCUUGGGAAAAUGUUCUCGUGUGCUAAAGCAACUAUUGCCUGAAUUGGAAGUUAAACAGAUAAUGAGUUCAGAGAGGUUUUGUGAAGUGAAUCAACUACCACCAGAGCUUGUUUACGUCAAUCGCAAGCGUCUUUCUAAAGAGGAAUUAUUCCUAUUGCAGAACUGUCAAUACCCACCCAAAAAGCUAAAACCGGGAUACUACUGGUAUGAUAAAGUAUCUGGCUUUUGGGGAAAGGAAGGACAGAAGCCUUGCCAAAUAAUUAGCCACGAUUUGAAUGUUGGAGGUCACAUACAGCAAGAUGCAAGCAAUGGAAACACAAAUAUUUUAAUAAAUAAUCGCGAGAUAACUAAACCAGAGCUCCUAAUGCUGCAGUUGAUAGGAGUGAAAUAUGAAGGAACAACUCACUUUUGGCUUAGUGCAGAUGGAUCAUAUCAGGAAGAGGGAAUGAACAAUGUGAAAGGGAAAAUAUGGGAAAUGAAUAGAGCAAAGUUUUUUUGUGCUGUAUUAUUUUUGCCAACUCCCCCUGGUUCUUCCAGUCCUAGUGUAGAAGAAAUGAAAGGUGUUGACCCAAAAAGCUUCAACAAGAAAACAUUUUAUAAACUUCUUCUUGUUGGUUAUGGAAAAUCUGGCACAAGUACCAUAUAUAAACAGGCAAAAAUCGUCUACCGUGUUCCAUUUUCAGAAGAUGAGCGUCAAAAUAUUAAGCUCAUGAUUCAAAGUAAUUUAUAUGGUUAUCUUGGUAUACUGCUUGAGGCACGUGAACGAUUUGAGGAAGAAAGCCUGAUUAACAAGAAAAGACAUUUCAUUGACCAAUGUAAUUCUUCAGAUAAUGCAGGUCAGAUUGACAACAAAACAAUAUAUUCCAUUGGUCCCAGACUGAAAGCUUUCUCAGAUUGGCUUCUGAACGUAAUGGCAUCUGGUAAUUUGGAAGCCAUAUUCCCAGCAGCCAGUCGUGAAUAUGCACCUUUUGUUGCGGAAUUGUGGAAUAAUGAGGCCUUCCAAGCCACUUACAGCCGCAGGCAUGAAUUAGAAACGCUGCCUAGAGUUGCUACUUAUUUCCUAGAACGGGCUGUUGAGAUUUCAAAUAAAGACUAUGAGCCAUCUGAUAUGGACAUCUUAUAUGCUGAGGGAAUUACAUCAUCCAAAGGGCUUUCUUGCAUGGAGUUUACAUUUCCCAAGGUAACUCAUGAUGAAUGUGAAGAUAAUGGCCAUGAUCCUUUACUAAGGUACCAACUUAUCAGAGUUCAUCCAAGAAUUCUUGGAGGCAACUGCAAAUGGCUAGGAAUGUUUGAAGAUGUUAACAUGGUGUUAUUUUGUGUAUCACUGAUCAACUACGAUGAGUUUGUGAACGACGGUAAUGGAGUUCCGACUAAUAAGAUGAUUGCAAGCAAGCAACUUUUUGAGAGCAUUGUCACAAAUCCAACUUUUAAAGAGAAGAAGUUUCUACUCAUACUGAACAAGUUUGAUUUGUUGGAGGAAAAGAUUGAGCAGUCUCCACUUAACCAAUGCGAAUGGUUUCACGACUUCAAUCCAGUAAUCAGCCAUAAUCCCAACAGUUCCAGAAAUACAAACCCUUCAUUGGCUCAACGAGCGUUCCAAUAUAUUGCAGUUAAAUUUAAAAGAUUGUUCGAAUCUCUUACUGAUAGUAAGCUGUUUGUUACGCAAGUUACAGGGUUGGAACCUGACAAUGUCGAUGAAGCUCUUAGAUAUGCGAGGGAGAUUCUCAACUGGGAACAACCAGACGACCCCAUUGAUUUGUCUUCGGCCAGCAUUGAGGCAAGCUCAUCCUCAUGAUUAACACUACCAAUACCAUGUACAGGACAAGGCUAAAGAGAUGAAAAAGCAGUAAAUAGGAAAAGGGGGAAAAGUCUUGAGAUAUGGAUUGGAAGUUAAGCUGCAGAGGCAUUUGAAAAAGUCGGAUUUACCCAUGUCGGAUAUUGAUACCUCUCUGACACUCUCGGCCGUGUCUUGAAUGUUUUAAAAAGUGUUUUAUUAUUUUAUUUAUUUUGAACACUUUAACAUGAUAUUCUGAAAAUAUUUUUUUAGAUACUUUUAAAAA